GUACAGGUAGGUAACUACUACAGAACAGGAGGUGAGUUCACAGUUGUUGGGAGUAAACAGAAACUUCGCGCUUCCUGGAAUAUUUUACUUUUAUCGAUUUGACGAAUUAUAAUAUUUUGUCAUGCGGUGUUGUUGACUAUUGAUGAUAAGUGUUCUGAGUGUUUUUAUAAGGAAAUAUCAUAUCAAACACAGCUGUUAUCGGCGAACGUUCAAGGUAGGUGGUUUCAUUUCAGUUUCACCUGUCAACAAUCACUGUCAUUUAUACCUGCUCAGUAACAUUCAUUUCGUGGAGUAGCCUGUUUUUUUCCUGGAUUUGACACACUCUUCCCGGAUUUUACACACGUUUUAAAGUUAAAGGUGCGCUUUGCAGGAAUCGCUCUGCCAUUUGCUGGUUGCUAAAAUUCUAAUAGUUCGCCAAGUAUAAUGUGGAGAAUCAUUGUACCAUCGAAACCGCUGUGAAAUAUCAUUUCCAUAACCACAAAUAUUGUAUUUUCAGCUGUUUGAAGCUGGUGUACAAAACCGCAAGCAAAAGAGGCAAAAACCGACAUUUAAGAAUGGGAAGCAAAUAAAUAAAGCACAUAAUAUAGAUCUAGAGCUUCUUAGACUUGCUUUCAAUGAGAAUUACAGAUCUAUAAUUCAUACUUCUAUGUGCAUUUGGUCGGGUCGCCCAAGGAGUGACAUUUCAGUUUGAACAAUUUAAGGUGUAAAAUUAAACCGCACAUUUUAAGAAAAAAAUUACUAAGCUAUCAACAGAUAAACUGUAUAGGCUUCUGAACAGCUUUUUGAUAAAAAACUGGGUGUGUUUUGUUGUCACUCACUUGUGAAAUGCACGUUAUAAUCUGUAUAACCUAUGCUCAACUCAUUAUCCGCAGGUGAAUGGCGAUGCUUUUGCAUUUAUUCAUACUGUAUCAACUGCUUCCCUGUGGAAACUUUGCUUGUAUGAGAAAGUUAUUACACACCACAGGGACGGAGGACCAGUCAAAAGAAGGUGAGACAUGAGUUUACAAACAUGUCUAAAAAUAUAAUUUUGUUAUAUUCCUAAAUUAUAGUAUUAAAGUAUUGUUUGCAUAAUUUUGUUCCACUCAUGUGAUUGGGUCCCCUAGUUUUCCUGGAAGAGGAGCAGGCAAAUGCAUUCUUAGGACGCCAUCUAUUGGCCAACCGAUUUGACUUUGAGCUCUUCACUCCUGGGAAUUUGGAGAGGGAGUGCUUUGAAGAAGUCUGCAACUAUGAGGAAGCACGAGAGGUCUUUGAAAAUGUCCCUCAGACAGUAAGUGAUGCUGAGAUAAAGUGUUCAGCCAGAGUUUGUGUGGUAGGCCUAGUCACAUGACCACACAACAACCUGAUGUUGUCUUUGUUACUUUGCAGGAUGACUUCUGGAAAAAGUACAAAGAGGGUAAGAGAAGUAUAACUACAUGUAUGUCACAGGUCAACUAUUUGCCAUUGUACAACUACUAAUCGCACAGGCUUUUCCUACUGCACUGAUGGGUACAGAGAGGUGAAAGACUCCCUCAAGCAGGAGGACAAAAUGCUAAACCUAAUGCAGUCUAUAGCCCAGGGGUGCAACUGAAGCCCUCAAGUUCUGCAGUCCAGUUUAUUUUCUCCUUGACAGGUUUAUUAGUCCAUAAAUGUUACAGGAUGGCUGGAGAGUCCACAAACCUGGUUACUCUGGUAGAAAUUAGUCUAGUUAAAAAAGGAGAAAAAGCACCAUACACUGUGACUCUCUCAAGGAGAGUUGGCAGCAUAUUUAGGAAUCUUGCAGUGUGUCAUAUGUGCAAAAAUACUUACAUUGGUUAUUUUUGUGUGAUCCCACAGAUUACGACUCGCGGCCAUCGCGGCUGGAUGUGACUGCCCUGCUUGUGGGUCUGAUCGUGGCAGGGGUGGCCAUCGUCAUCGUCGGCCUGUUGGUCUGGUACUUCUGCAAGGGGAGUUGUAAGGAUAACCUCUCACGUGCAGGGUGAGUUAGAUGUGGGCCAUUUUGUUGACUGAAUGACAGUGGUCACUGGAUCAAUAGUUUGAAUUAAAUCAAAUCACAUUUUAUUUGUCACAUGCGCCAAAUACAACAGGUGUAGACCUUACUGUGAAAUGCUUACUUACAAGCCCUUAACCAACAAUGCAGUUUUAAGAAAAAUAAGAGUUGAGAAAAUAUUUACUAAAUAAAUUAAAGUAAAAAAAUAAAAGAGUAACAAUAAAAUAACGAGGCUAUUUACCGGUACCGAUACCGAGUCAAUGUGCGGGGGUAUAGGUUAGUCAAGGUAAUUUAGGUAAUAUGUACAUAUAGGUAGAGGUAAAGUGACUAUGCAUAGAUAAAAACAGCGAGUAGCAGCAGCGUAAAAAGGGGAGGGGUCAAUGCAAAUAGUCCAGGGUAGCCAUUUAAUUAGCUGUUCAACAGUCUUAUGACUUUGGGGUAGAAGCGGUUAAGAAGCCUUUUGGACCUAGACUUGGCGCUCCGGUACCGCUUGCCGUGUGGUAGCAGAGAGAACAGUCUAUGACUAGGGUGGCUGGAGUCUUUGACAAUUUUUAGGGCCUUCCUAAAAAAUAGUAGAUUGCAUAGUCUGUAGUUUGUGUGGGUAUUUGUGCAGGUGCUGUCUGUGUGCGGGGGGGGGGGGGGGGGGGGGUUGGUUGGUUAUGUGUGUAAGCAGGUGCUGACGUGUGUGUGUGUGUGUGUGUGUGUGUGUGUGCACACAUUCUUCAAAGGGAUACUGCAUCAUUCCUGACUGUGUCUCUUCCAGCUCUGUCAGGGUGCGUCCAAGGCGCAGUAACGCCUCGCUGAUCAUGCGGAGACUGGAUGAGGUCUCUCUGCAGCCCGUGCUCCUGCCCCCACCCCCCCUGGAGGAGAUCGACCCCCCUGGCCUGCCCUCCUACGAGGACGCUAUCGGCAAAACCGGAACGCACGACGCCCCCCCUCCUCCUUACCCUGGGUAUACACACAUACUCAUGCAUACACACACACAAGAUUGUGCCAGCUGCUGGGGUUGCUGCGGAGAAGGAGGAGGUCAAAGGGGGGUGAGUGUAGCCGAUGUAAAAUGGCUACCUAGUUAGCUGUGCGCGCUACUAGCGUUGAAUCGCUCUGCGACCUUGAACUGGUUGUUUCCUUUGCUCUGCAAGGGCCACUGCUUUUGUUGAGUGACAGGUAAUGAUGCUUUGUGGGUAACAGUUGUCGAUGGGUUCAGUGUCCUCCCUGGUUCGAGCCCAGGUUGGGGGAAGGAGAUUGACGCAACCAACACUGUCACACAUACCCAAAAACUUGCUCCACCUAUUUGAAUUUAAUUAUAACUACAAAAAUGUUCAUACAUUAAAAUCUUUUUCAAAGCAAUUUUUUAAAGAUUUUAUUUUGGUUUAUAGACAAUAGAGUUAUUUCUAACCGUACCUUGCCUUGUUAGGUGAACAACAUGUUUACAUUCUUGUUUCUUUCCCACAGGUCUCAACCUGGAAGUAUUCGACGAUAGCACCUUUGACCUCGCUGGAUGAAUGUCUCCAUAUUGAGCAUCAUCAAAUGCUACGAAAGAGGUUUAGAUCUAUCUACUUUACAUGGUUGUACUCAACCAUGCAUGUUCAAGAUGUGAUUUUAUUGGAUUGUAAUACCUUCUGAUAAUUGUAGAUCUGUGUGACUGAUUACCUCUUCCAUUACCUGCAAUGUUUAGCGUAUUUAUCUAUUUGUACAAAUGUUUAGCUAUUUUUCUGCAUGUGCCAAAAUGGAUUUCAUUACUUUAUUCCUCACUUACGUCAACUUUUGAGUUGGACCCGCUCUAACCCAUAACCAGUGAGGUAAUACUUGACAUGAUAUAUCUUAGUUUAACUGUAACCUGGCAACUGCUCUGCUGUUAUGAACGGAAAAUGAAGCAUGAGAAACCGUAUUGAGUCUACACACAAUACUACUGUCGCCUUACACAAUAUGAGCAUAGCGUUAGGAUGGACGGAGAGAAUUGAUGCUUCCACAUUCUUCUAAAAGUAUUGAGACAGUGACACAAUUUUUUGUGAGAAAGUUACAGAUGCACAAAUAUCUAACC